AUGGGUUCCCAAUCAACUGAUGGCGGCCUUGGCCAAGAGUUCACAAGCCACGUUAUUCAAGCUAUGGGCCCAAACACAACCCCCAGGAUGCGGACUGUGCUGUCUGCUCUCAUCCAACAUGUUCAUGAUUUUGCGCGCGAGGUCAACCUAACGACGGAGGAAUGGUUGGCGGGAGUGGAAAUGAUCAACUGGGCAGGCCAGAUGAGCAACAACAAGCGCAACGAGGGACAGCUGGUGUGCGAUGUCAUUGGCCUGGAAUCGCUGGUUGAUGAUAUCACAUACAGAGAAGCCAGCAAGACAGACAAGCCACCCACAUCGUCUGCCAUUCUCGGACCCUUUUGGCGUGCUGACGCGCCAAUCCGAGAAAACGGCACUACCAUCACAUUCAACACCCCCAAGGAUGGCUUGGUAGCUUACAUGCAUGGCCAAGUGACGGACGCUGAGACGGGCAAACCCCUCCCAAACACUUCAGUGGAUGUUUGGCAGGCUUCAACAAACGGUCUGUAUGAGCAGCAGGAUGACGAUCAGAUUGACUGCAAUCUGCGCGGCAAGUUCAUCACCGAUGCAGAGGGUCGAUAUUCAUUUUACUGUCUCCGUCCGACACCAUAUCCCAUUCCUUUCGAUGGUCCUGCAGGCAAAUUGUUGAAGCUUAUGGAUCGUCACGAGUUCCGACCCGCACACAUCCAUCUCAUUGUUUCGACAGAAGGAUAUAGCCCGUUGACUACUCAAAUAUUUGACAAGGAUUCCAAGUAUCUCGAAGACGACAGCGUAUUCGCGGUAAAGGAUGGGUUGACUGUCGAGUUUAAGCCCCGUGAGGGAGACUCACAAGCGGAAUGGGACCUAGAGUAUAAUGUGAAGCUGGCCAAGAAGAAUUAA